AUGGCUAAAUUAAAUCGACAUUCAUUUCAUAAGGAAUAUCCAUCUUAUCUACAACCGGAAACUAUGACAAGAGAAUUUUCAAAAUCGAAAAUAUGGACGAGCGGAAGAAUUCGAAUUGAGAUAUAUUUUUUGGAACAUAUUUUAAUGUGUUGUGCACGUUUCGGCAAAACUUUAGUAGCAAUAUUCAUCGUCUCCAUUCUUGUACAUCAUAUUUUCGAGAAACAAUAUUUGAAGUUGGGAAUGCGUGAUGUGUUUCUUAUAAUAUUCGUGUUAAUUGGAGCCAAUGCUUACUUGCAGUAUAGUGUACGAAACGACAACUUUUGGGCAAUGGAUUUACCGGCUGAAACAAAAGAAAUCGUUCACCAAAACAUCGUAGCUUCUAAAGCAAUUUGGGAAAAGAAGCCUCGAAAAGCUAGAUGUAUAGAGACAUCCAUGGAGACACCGUUUAACAAAUAUUAUCUCGGAGGGUACUGUAGAUAUCCGCGUGGAACCGGAAACAUGUCAAUAUUGGUAAUAGGGAACAGUUAUGUGGUCAACCUUGUUGAAAACAUUCGAGCUCCAUUCAACAAAAACUACUCGGACUUUAGAUAUUUGUCCGUAUUUUCAAGCUUUGGACUAUAUUCUGGUUUCUCGUCACAAUCAAAAGAGGCGUUGGAUUUUACAAAACAACAAGUUGAAAAAUACAAGCCAGAUGUGCUUUUUGUGGUUGCCAGGUAUUUGGAAACAAUCAAAGAUCCGGUCCGGGACAACGAUCCUUUAGUCCAACAGAUGGAUGAAACCAUAGAGUCUAUGAAAAGUAGAUUUGUUAAAAAGAUCUACAUUCUUGGUGCACAUCCAACGUACAAGGAAAACUUUCUGGAUACUUUCCUUCAGUAUUUGCUUACUUGGCCCCACAAGUUAGACCUUCUUCAUCUGGACAAAAAAUUAGCUGACGCCUCAGUGCUUCAAAACAUAGAUAUGUGGAAUCAUGUAUUCCUACCCAAAACGUCGUUCAUAGAGACAUGUUCCGGAUGCGCACCAAUCUACGAUGCCUCAUGUCAAGGACUCGACAUGCCAAGUUCAUCAAUGUACUGCUUGACGGAUAGUGAAGUUCCGGUAACAUACACUCGAGGCUUUUGCUCAACACCAUGCCUUUCUCCUGAUGCUUGCAUGUUAUCACUGGGAUGUCCAUCCGGAACAGCUGCUAGAAUAGAUUACGGGUCUGGAGAUGUGGACGGAAAUGCGGAUGGCUCUCCAACAUUUCUCUAUUGCGAUGAGGCGUCAGCCUCCAGAAUUCAACUGCAAAUUCGUCUGCUAGAAGCUGGCGUUCCACUUGUGCUCACACCACAAGAGCAAGCAGCUAUAGCCACUUUCAUUGCCACCUCAGAAGCCACCCCCUUAACAGAUUUAACGACGACAACCGCAUUAACUACCACCACGACAAUCAUCACCACAACAGUAAAUACAACCACAGUCACCACAAACACAAAAACACCUUACCGUAACUUGAUUAUUCCUAAGCAUGUUCUACAUGCGCACCACUCUACGAUACGACUUGUCAGGGACUCAACAUGCCAAGUUCAUCAAUGUACUGCUUGA